AUGUUUGUAAUCGUUGCAGAUGGCAUGGUCGUUUGCCGGUCCUAUACGGAAAAAUUUCCUGAUCCGAGCAAUCAUCCGGUUACGGUUGCAUUAUUUGCCGUACUGUAUUCAUUUGUCUUUGUGAUCAGUUUUGCCGGUAAUUUAGGUGUUAUCUACGCUACUGUACGACAUCGGAGUCUUCAGACUGUGCAGAAUAUCUUCAUAGUGAAUUUGGCCGUCAGUGACGUCAUCCUUUGCGUGCUGUACUUUGGUUCGAUGUUGUGUCGAGUGGUAGGAGGUAUUCAGGCGAUUGGUUUGUUCAUUGGCACGUUUUCACUUUGCGCUAUCGCUAUCGACCGAUACUUCCGACUAGUAAUUGCUCCA